CCGGCCCGGCGGGAGCUGGGGGAGGCGGCAGCCUCGGGUCUCCCGGAACGAUGGUGAAGUUGGGGAACAAUUUCGCGGAGAAGGGCAGCAAGCAGCCGCUGCUGGAGGAUGGCUUCGACACCAUUCCCCUGAUGACGCCCCUCGAUGUCAAUCAACUGCAGUUCCCGCCCCCGGAUAAGGUGGUUGUGAAAACUAAGACCGAAUAUGAACCUGAUCGCAAGAAAGGGAAAGCGCGUCCUCCCAAGAUAGCCGAGUUCACCGUCAGCAUCACCGAAGGUGUCACCGAGAGGUUCAAGGUCUCUGUGCUGGUCCUCUUUGCCCUGGCCUUCCUCACCUGCGUCGUCUUCCUGGUCGUCUACAAGGUGUACAAGUACGACCGUGCCUGCCCCGACGGGUUCGUCCUCAAGAACACGCAGUGCAUCCCAGAGGGCUUGGAGAGCUACUACGCGGAGCAAGACUCCAGCGCCCGGGAGAGACUUUACACAGUCAUAAACCACUACAACCUGGCCAAGCAGAGCAUCACCCGUUCGGUGUCGCCCUGGAUGUCAGUGCUGUCGGAAGAGAAGCUCUCCGAGCAGGAGACCGAAGCGGCUGAGAAAUCAGCUUAGCGGGAUGGGCAAGUUCCUUACAUGUGUCACUUGAAGGUAACAAAGGGACUUUGAGGGACAUUUCAUUAAAUAUAAUUACCGAUAAUUUAGAGGUUACUCAUUUACGGUGCAAUCGCUUCUGUUUGCUAAUGCUGCUUUGCAAAUAAAACUUGCUGCCAACCACCCACGGGCGUAGAAUCAAGUGCAUAUCAGCGUUGCUUAAAGAGUACUGUUCACUCUCGUGAAGGGAUCGUAAUUUAGCUCCUUUACUGGGAUUUAUUGGAUGCUGUCAAAAAUAAAUAGACACUGGAUAUGCCAGGGGUUCGGACUUCAGAUAAAUCAUGCAUUUUAGGAAUUGAUUUUUGUAAACCGCCUUGCUGUCUGCAAACCGUCUUCCACAGCCAUAUCUAAAGUGAUCUCUUGCUUUGCUCAGAGCAAGCUCAAGUGCACAUUUCUUCCCUGUCAUCAGCCGGUGAGUGCUGACUGCCAGGACGCACUGUAGCGAGUGGUACCGAGAACAAGGGACGGCGAACACGAGGUAGCAGGUCCGCCCUCUUCCCGGUGCCGACUCCUAAGUGUGGGAGAGCCCCGUGAUGGGGCGUGCUUGGCGGGGGUUUACUGCUACACCCCAGACCAUCUCUUUGUCCCUCUGGCUCUGACAUCCUGAGGGGUCAGGGGACAUGCUGGAGUGAACCCAGCACAUACAGACUGGCAGAGCACCAGAGGGAGGGAGCUUGGGAAGGGAUGAGCCUGGGCCCUGAGGUGUGACCCUUAAGUGGUCAUCUCCUUGCUGAUGUGUUGACUAGGCAGGAGACCAACUGGCCCUUUUGUUCACUUAUAUUACAAAUAAAUUUGCACCAACAGCUCUGUUAGUAAGUUUUUUUAAAAAAGUUAGCUGGGUGGGAAAAGUGAACAUGUAAUUGGUGGGUGAGUCAGGCUACAUUGAUUUUUCUUUUGUAAAACAGAACUCCCUUGGUGUAAGAAGCAGGCAGAAGAGGCAGGCAGGGGGGCUGGCGUGGCACCUAGCAGAUACAGCUAACGGUGUUUUAAUUCACAAUCUUUGUAAGAAAAUUACAUUUCCCUUUGAAUCUUCACAUUAAAGUAAAUGUUUACAAAAUUGCCAGUUAGAUAAAUACGUGUGUAAGACAAUUAAAUAGAAGAAAGCUACUUGCAAA